UCGUGUUUCAAGCUGCGGCGCGCGCCUUUGAAUGAGUUUUUCAAAAAGGAAACCAGUGACUUCUACAGUGUCAUCUGGCUGCUGUUAGAAUCUGCAUUGAGAAGUCUCAAAUCUUUGUUCUGCUGGCAGGUUUCAUCAACAAUUAAAGAGGCAACCAUGACUUUGGACAAAUUGGUUAUCAAGUGUGGAAACUUUGCAGUCUUGGUAGAUUUCCAUAUUGCAUCUCAGGACCGUAUGUGGUUUUCUGAUCAUCAGAGAGAGGAAGUCUGUCUUCUGCUGAAAGAUACAGUUGAAUCAAGAGUACAACAGUACUUGAAAGCACGUAAAUUACAUGGCCGGUGCAAGCAAACAGAACAUGGAGAAGCUAAUUCUUUGUCUUUAAGAGCGGACGAAUUUCACAUUUCAGCUUACUUUGUCAAAAGAUGGGCUAAUCUGCGAUGUAUUGGACAACGGCACGGUGAAUUACGUGUAUUUCCGGAUCGUUUUGUGAUUUAUGUCUCAAGAUUUGAACCCGAUCCAUCUUCUUGGGUCAAAGAAAGUGUGGCAUUGGAGGAGAAUCUAUUCACCAAGGUGUCUGAAUAUUUUCAAGGUUCAGCUGAAGAUAGAAAAUGCCAGAUUUCCCUGACUCAACAGGAAAAACAAGACACUCUAAAAAAGUUAAAUCAAAGUAGAAAAACCACUAAACUGUUGAAAAAAAGACAACAUGUCCAACACACACACUCGAAUAUGGUGAAGAGUGAGAAUGAAGAGGGCAACACAUGCUAACAAGAAGAAACCUCAGCCCAGGGUGGCCACCACGAAAGUAUAUCUUGGCUCACCAGAUUCAGACACGGAGUAGGAAGAAUGCAUUUCAACCAGUUUGAUGCUCCAGCCUGAACUGAAAAUGUAGGCGUAAAACACAAUCAAAAGAUUGCAUAAAUAGAGCUAAGAGCAGCUUGGGACUUCCUGUUUCAGAAUGGGCAAUGAUGUGGACUGGAGACAGCCAAGCAACGCUAACAGCCAGCAAAAACUUCAUUUGUGGAGUGGUUAGACAUGACUUCUCUGCAGGAACCCUCAGCGGUGCUAUGAGUCAGCACUGCCACAUCCAAACCGAAGUCAAAGGGUGACUGAAAGAACUGAAAUAGUGCGCUGUGCAUGCAGGAGGAAGAAAGAUGUCUCCAAGGCCAGGAUCACCCGGUUCCCAGAUGCAAGAGUCCUACUUGGUAGUUCAGAGCCCUCUUCUAGAGAAGUCCCCACCAAAUCCCACAUCGUGAUCCGAAUGAGGCUUGGCAGGAUUCACGUCUGAUGAAGAAUUGCUUACUUAAAGAAAAAAACUUCCCUUGAGACUGGUUUUAUGAGAAGUGCUACAGCAUUGUGCAGACAGACCCAAUUCAACCACAGACACCAAAUAGUCCUUAAUGUUUCACUCCUGAAAUAUGCCAAGCCAGGGUUGAGAGAGAGGGAGAGAUCCAAAAACAGGGUGAAAGGAAAAAGGUAAAAAAUAAGGCAAGAAAAUCUGUGCCUUCCUCUGGUGCUACCGUAUCCCUUUUACAUGUGUCACGUGUAAUGAACAAGUAGACUUUGCUGAAGAUUUGAAAGCAAUUCCUGAACUAAUUAAGAAGUCUGAGAUUUUUAGGGACACUGAAAUAAGCAAAAUUCAGGAUGCAUGGCAGUCAAGGAUAGCUCCAUAGCUUGAAUCAUAAGGAAUCAUUCUGAGUUCUGUUUCCUUGGCAUAUAAUUGACAGAUUUGAAGUUUCUCCAUCACAAUGACAGAAAUCUGUUUUAUGGUCCUUUGUCUGUUUAGCUCUUCUGUUUUUAUUUAAUAGUAUAAUGGAAAAUAAAUAUUUUCCUUCUGUAAAAUGUGUUUUUACACAUCUUUUUUUCCCUGUGUCUUGUCUGAUAAAUCACUUUGCAUAUUCAAAACUUCUUUUGAAGAAAUGAUGCCGUAUGCUUAAGUGAAUAGAUUUCCACAAGACACAGAUUAAAGAAUCGAACCAUUAGUGCCUGAAAUCCACAUAAAGAGCCUUUUUCUAACUAUGGUCCAUUUGAGGUUAUCAGCUUUGCUGUUCCGUUGCCUCAUUUUCCUGUUGCAAUAAAUGUUGAUGAGGAAAUUAAACUGCAUCAGGAUUGCUUCAAGCAGGCUUAGCACCUUAAUAGCUGGAGGGCUCAUUGUCUAGACUCUAGGACAAUCGAUCCUAACAAUAAUAUCCUUGGUUUGUUUGUUACUCGUGCACAUUUCUUUUUACUCUUUCUAAAAGAAGUGUGGGAGAAUGUUAUUUCCCAAUAUAAUCUCACAACAGCGCUGUACAGUAAGCCUGAAAGAAAGAAAACAAAUGCCCCAAGAUAAAUGAAAUUUAGGGGUAGUGAAAUUUCUGAUCUAGAAAUUCACUGUCCUCUUUGGUGCUGUGAACAUAGCACCAUCCUAUGAAUGUCAAAAUGAUACUUUUUUAAAAAUCACAUAAUUGUUUCAAUACAAUGAUUUAAUGCUUUUAAAGAUCUGUAGUAUAAACUGUUACAAAUCCAAUCCAAUGACAUUGAAGAUCUUGUUUACUUUGCAUUUGAAUUAAAACAGUACUGAUACUAUUUUAAAAAGUAUAUAAACUUCACUGUAGGUCCCUCCCACCCAUUUUAAAAUUCCUUUUGUCCCAUUAAGAGAUUCUCUGCAGUUGUCAAGAUUCAUUGACUGAUUUUAUUUUAUGUGCCUUAGCAUGUUUGAGCAAGCAAAACUGAAAUGCUUCAACAUUCAUUUCUUAAAUAGUUUAAAGCCUUUCCAUUUAUACCAAGGAGAGUGAACAGAACUUAGAAAAGUACUUCCUUCUAGAAGGAAAAUAUCUGAUGUCUCUUUCAUGUACAUUACUAACCCAAAUAUAUUAUCAAGGACAUAGUUGAAUCUACUUUCUGGCAAAUGUUUCACCUUCAUUGAUCAGACUGAAAGACACGUGCAUUAUAAAGUUUAAGAAAGACAUGAAUCGGCUUCCGGUUUGGCUUCUGUCGUCGCUAGACGGUCUUUUGGGACCACCACCCCCGCCGCCCGUAAAGCGCCGCCUUCACAGCUGAGAGGCGGCUCGAAAAACUCCGUUUCCUUAAGGAAAUGUGAGGUGAGCCGGCGAGAGCAGGUAGAGCCCUCUGCGAAGU